UGCUUCACUUAUGUUGUUGCUAACAUCUCUGCUGUGAUUACACGAAAAGUUGAAGUCACUGUGUGUAUGUCUGAAAAUACAGUGCUAAUUUGGUACAAGUAAAACACUAUGGCUGUUGUUGAGGGAUAUUAUUCACAAUCUGUUCCGAAGACAGUGAAUUUCAAUCCAUAUUCGGAUAAUGGCGGGAGCGUGGUUGCAGUUGCUGGCGAAGAUUAUGCCAUUAUUGCUGCUGACACGAGACUCAGUGCUGGAUUCUCGAUUUAUACUCGGGAGCAAUCUAAGCUCUUCCGCCUGUCAAACACUACAGUGCUCGGUUGUACAGGUUGUUGGUGCGAUACAUUGACCCUCACGAGAAUCCUGGAAGCUAGGAUGCAGAUGUACCUGCACGAACACCAAAAACCAAUGGUAACACCAGCAGUGGCACAGAUGCUAUCCACUAUGCUGUACUAUAAAAGGUUCUUCCCAUAUUAUGUCUCCAACAUCUUAGCGGGACUGGAUGCAGAUGGACGUGGUUGUGUAUUCAGUUACGACCCUAUUGGUCAUUGUGAAAGAUCUAAUUAUCGUGCUGGUGGAUCGGCUGGUGCUCUUCUGCAACCUCUGUUGGACAACCAGAUUGGUUACAAAAACAUGGAAAAUGUACCCAAAGAACCUGUUCCAGCAGAGAAGGCAUUGGCAAUAAUUAAGGAUGGGUUUAUUUCUGCUGCUGAGAGAGACAUAUACACAGGAGACAGCAUUCUGAUUAAUGUAAUAACUAAAGAUGGUGUUAGUGUUGAUAAAUUUAAAUUGCGCCAAGACUGAGCAUUGAGUUUUUUUCAUGUAUAUUUUAAUGUUUUAAUUGUAACAGCGAUAAACUUUGUUAUUUCAAUGUCUGAAAAUUAAAAACUUCAGAAAUUAAUGUA